AUGGCUGGUUUCUCUGACCCACCAAUUGCGAUACCCCCGGAAGCUCCAAAUUACCAUGGAUGUGCUGAGGCGAAGUACUACACCCAGUAUCUUGAGGACUACAUCGAUCGCCACGUUUACGCCGACAAGCCAUUGAGGAGUAGAUUUCGUUUCCAAUAUCGGGUUGAUAACGUGGAGAAGACAGAUGAUGGGUGGUCAGUGCAUGCAACCUAUGCUCACAACGAGCAACGAGUAUUCCAGACAUCCAGACUGGCUGUCGCCUCGGGGCUCACUUCCAUACCUAAUAUUCCUUCAUUCCUGUCAGGAAAGCAUGAUUUCCAAGGUCCCGUCCUUCAUCACAAGGGCUUUGCGACGUUCUCGAAGUCAUCGCUCAAAUCUUCAGAAUGUGAGAACGUCGCAGUAAUAGGUGGUGGCAAGUCCUCCGCGGACAUGAUUUGGGAAUGCUUGAAGAAAGGCAAGCAUGUCAGCUGGAUCAUUCGUGAAGAUGGAGAUGGUCCAGCUCUGUUCAUCCCAGCUGCCGCCGGCGGUCGAUACAUCAAUUCCAUGGAGAAGGGUGCUUGCAGACUCGGUGCUCUCUUCAGCUCCUCGGCAUUCAUGCCAAAUAUAUGGCUGGCCAAGUUCGUGCAAAAGACCCAGUUCGGGAUGACACAGCUCAGGAAGAAAAUCCAAGCCAUCGACCAGCACUGUCGUAAUGUAGCUGGCUAUCAAGAUAGGGAAGGAGCACUGCCACAUUUCAAAGACCUAGAACCAGCCCCCUCACACAGCACCUUCUGGCACACCGGCCCCCUAGGCAUGGCCCAACACCACGACUUCUGGCCCACAAUCGCCCAAAAUGUCGACGUCCACCGCGCUUCAAUCACCUCUCUGCAAUCUCACAGCCUCACACUCUCCAAUGGUGCCACCGUUGAUGCAGGCGCACUUCUCCUGGGUACGGGCUGGAAAUCCCACCAACCCUUCUUCUCCCCCUCCCUCGCUGCCUCCCUUGGUCUUCCCCACUUUGCCCGCACCGAUACCCCCGAGGAUGCAAAGCUCUGGACCUCCCUCCUAGCUGCAGCGGACAAGCGCGUCUUAUCUAAUAUGCCCGUCCUCGCUCACCCACCGCCGCACAAGAAAGCCGACGGAGAGGAAAUGACCACGUUGCGGCUCUACAACGCCAUCGCGCCCCUCUCCACCAUCUCCGACCGCUCGAUCGUCUUCCUCGGCCGAGCGCACACCUCGAACUCCUUCCGUGCAGCGGAGGCGCAGGCGAUUUGGUCCACUGCUUACCUGUCCGGGCAUCUGGACGGGAAACUGCCCGCACUGGAGGAAGCAAGGAGGCGGACGGCGUAUAUGAAUCAAGCUAGCAGGAGGCGCUAUCCGACGCGUGGGAGGGAGGGGGAUUGCUUUGUCUUUGAGAUUGUGAGCUAUACGGAUCGUUUGGUGGAGGAGGUCGGGUUGAGAAGCCAUCGGAGGUGUCAAGGGUGGUGGGGGUGCUGGACAAGGGCGUGGUGGAGAGGGUGGGUGGAUGACUGGUUGGAGCCUACUAUGAAUGGGGAUUUCAGGGGGAUGGUGGAGGAGUAUAGGAGAUUGUAUGGGAUAGGGGACGGGGUGGAGGGAGGGGAAGGGAAGGCGAAGCGUGAGUAG